UUCUCGAUUUCUAACCCUGACUGCUCUCUGAUCCGACCCUCUCUUCCCCCCUGUGUGUCUGCAGGUCUGGAGAGAACAGGACGACGAUGCACAAAUGUUACACCUUCCUGAUCUUCAUGGUUCUGCUGCUGCCGUCUCUGGGACUCAGCAGCCUGGACGUUUUCUUCCGCUGGCUCUUUGAUAAGAAGUUCCUGGAUGAUGCCAAAGUCAGAUUUGAGUGCGUCUUUCUGCCGGAUAACGGAGCGUUCUUCGUCAACUACGUCAUCGCCUCUGCGUUCAUCGGUAACGCCAUGGACCUGCUGAGGAUCCCCGGCUUACUCAUGUACAUGAUCCGCCUCUGCCUCGCCCGCUCCGCCGCCGACCGCCGCAACGUCAAGAGG